AUGGAGGGAUUGGUCUCCAUGAAAUCCAGUGCUUCCUCCCACCCCGCCGCCAUCGGGUCUCUUCCCCGCCGACCCACCUUCUCAAUCCGCCGUUCCCAGGUCACUCUCCCCAGAGUCAAACGCUUCUCCACCGCCGCUGCCUCCAUUCGAGCUCAACAGCCUGACACGAUGGAUGCAUCGUCGGCGGCGAGGGAAGAGCCUGAGAUUGUUCUGAAAGCGAAAGAAUGGGAAGUUGGGAUGCUUCAAAACGAGUUGGCGGAAAGCCAAGGGAUUAGGAUCAGGAGACAGCCACCGACCGGGCCACCAUUGCACUACGUCGGUCCCUUUGAGUUCAGGAUUCAGAAUGAAGGCAACACUCCCAGGAACAUUCUGGAGGAGAUUGUGUGGCACAAAGACAAUGAAGUCCAUCAAUUGAAACAGUGGAAGCCCAUCUACACUCUAAAGAAAGCUAUGGAAGAUGCUCUUCCAACCAGGGAUUUUGUCGGAGCACUGAGAGAAGCUAACCAUCGAACUGGGCUUCCGGGUUUGAUCGCGGAAGUGAAGAAGGCUUCUCCUAGUAGAGGAGUCCUUCGAGAGAAUUUUGAUCCUGUGGAAGUUGCUCAAUCUUAUGAAAAAGGUGGAGCUGCAUGUCUCAGUGUCUUGACAGAUGCUAAGUACUUUCAGGGGAGUUUUGAAAACUUGGAGGCAAUUAGGAAAGCUGGAGUUAAGUGCCCUCUGCUGUGCAAAGAAUUCAUUGUAGACGCAUGGCAGAUCUAUUACGCGAGAACUAAAGGAGCAGAUGCCAUUCUUCUAAUAGCUGCAAUUUUGCCUGAUCUGGACAUUAAGUAUAUGAUUAAGAUCUGCAAGGUGCUUGGUUUGGCGGCACUCGUUGAGGUCCACGAUGAAAGGGAAAUGGACCGUGUUCUUGGAAUAGAAGGCGUUGAGCUUAUUGGCAUCAAUAACCGUAAUCUUGAAACAUUUGAAGUUGAUAUCAGCAACACCAAGAAGCUUCUUGAAGGAGAGCGAGGCAAACUCAUCCGCGAGAAAGGCAUAAUCGUAGUUGGCGAAUCUGGGCUUUUCACUCCUGAACACAUCGCUUAUGUGCAAGAAGCUGGUGUUGGAGCGGUUCUUGUUGGAGAAUCGCUGGUGAAACAAAGCGACCCAGGCCAGGCAAUCUCUGGUCUCUUUGGCAGAGAUAUCUCGUCGUAA